AUGGUUUCGAAAUCUCAAAGUAAGAAGGCUCAAGUAUCAAAAGGUCAAAGCAAGGACCUUGUAGUUUCAAAGGCUCAAAUGAGUGAGGCCAAAUCAGUUCAAAGCAAUCCCACGAAGAAGAUGAGAUUUACUUCAACCUAUGAGAAAGACCCUAACUCAGCAUCAUUUGAUGAGGAGCCAAAAUCGACUCGUGGUAUCAACACAAUAAGCCGUGUUGUGAAGAGGAAAAUCUAG